CACGUGGUCGACUCCGGGGGAAACCUGUGGUUUCACAUUACUGAAAUGGGAGACAGAAGAGGAAGAGAAGGAAGCCGAGCGAACAAGGUGAUUCUUCAGCACACUGUAUGUUCAUACAAGGUUUGCAUUCUGACCUGCAAGCCAAUGGACCAUCACCAUCCUCAUGUCCUAUGGAGGAGGCUUUUACGGACGCACUGAGCGUGACCGCCAGGCGCCCCACUAUGACCAGGUUCCCCAAGGCUCGCUACCCCGAGCAGAUUCCUACGGCCUGCAGCCACUGAGAGAGCAGCGAACGCCUCAUCUCGCUCAGAGCGCUGACCCUCUUCCACCUCCGCCGCUGCCCGACCAGCCUCCCGUGGGCCCUGAGUUUGAUCCCAGUGACAGCGAGGAUGACGUAGACCCGGAGCCCGACCCUGCUAUCGACAUCAAACCGGUCCACCGCUUCAUCCCCGACUCCUGGAAGAACUUCUUCAGAGGAAGCAACCGCAGCAGCAACAAGACGUGGUCCAUGCCUGCCUCCUCAUACAACAACAACAACAGCACCACCGAGGGAGUGCGCUGCUCCCCCCCACACUCCCCCUCCAUUCCCGGAUCAUACCGGGAUCACUAUGGCGGCUCGGGUGGCAGCUACAACUCACGCAAGGAGCUUCUGGAAGCACGAGAUGGCCAUGAGUCCGUGUCAGGACGCACCCAUCACACCGGUCUGACCUACAGCGAGCGGGUGGAGGAGUACCAUCAACGCUACGCCUACAUGAAGUCGUGGCCGGGGCUGCUGAGGAUUCUGGGCUGCGUGGAGCUGCUGCUGGGAGCAGCUGUGUUCGCCUGCGUCUGUGCGUACAUCCACAAAGACAACGAGUGGUUCAAUAUGUUUGGAUACUCGUCUCCUGGAGGAGCGUAUGGAGGAGGUUUCUACGGCGCCAACACAGGUGGAUACUACUACUCUGGCCCCAAAACACCGUUUGUGCUGGUGGUGGCAGGCCUGGCCUGGCUAGUGACUGUUAUAGUAUUAGUGCUGGGAAUGACCAUGUACUACCGCACCAUCCUGCUGGACUCCUCUUGGUGGCCUCUGACUGAGUUCGUCAUUAACCUGGCUCUGGCAGUGCUCUACAUGGCAGCAGGCAUCGUCUAUGUCCGAGACACGACUCGCGGAGGGCUCUGCUCCUACCCAGUCUUCAACAACGGCAUCAAUGGAGCGUUCUGCAGGACGGAAGCAGGCCAGACGGCUGCUAUUAUCUUCCUGUUCGUCACCAUGGUUGUGUAUCUGAUCGGAGCCAUCGUGUGUCUCAAGCUGUGGAGGCACGAAGCUGCUCGCAGAUACCGAGAACAGUACGGUCAGGAGAUGCAGCCGUCUGACAUUCGAGCUGAACGGUCAUUGAUGGUCCCAGUGUCUGAUCCAGCUCCCAGAACUCCGGAGCAGGUUCAGGGCUCCUCAGUCAUUCCCAUCCAAGCUGCACCAAAAGCUGCUCCUGCCAAGGUUUUACAGGGAACUAUACCAUCAGGACACAUUCCAAAGCCUGUUAUUGUCCCAGACUACAUUGCUAAGUACCCAGCGAUCCGAACAGAUGACGAGCGGGACCAGUACCGAGCUGUGUUCAACGACCAGUACGCAGAGUACAAAGAGCUGCACGCAGAUGUGCAGGCAACCCUUAAGAAGUUUGACGAGAUGGACGGCAUGAUGCGCACUCUGCCUCAGCACCCGACGAGCCAGAUGGAGGUGGAUCGCAUCAACAGAAUCCUGCAGGACUACCAGAGGAAGAAGAAGGAACCCACUUUCCUGGAGAAGAAGGAGCGCUGUGAGUAUCUCAAGAGCAAACUGUCACACAUCAAGCAGAGGAUCCAGGAAUAUGAUAAAGUCAUGGAGUGGAACGACGGAUACAGCUUUGUUUUUGCAGAUCAGCAGUCAGUGGAUCCAUCAGUCAUGUCUUCAAGGCCCAAUGGCAGUCCUCCUCCCUAUGAGUCAGAGGGAUACAAUGGCCCUCCAGAGCCAGCCUAUUCUUACUACCCGGAUGACGAGUUCCAGCAUUUCUACCGCUGGGCAUCUCCGCCGGGCAUCCUCAAAAUCAUGGCAAUCAUCGUCAUUGUGCUGUGCGUGGCCAUAUUUGCUUGUGUGGCCUCCACGCUGGCUUGGGACACUCAGGGAGGCCUGACUGGCUUUGGGGGCAUCGGGGGCGGCUAUGGUGGGGCCUACGGUGGCGGAGCCUAUGGUGGUGGAGCCUAUGGGGGCGGGUUUGGCAGCUUUGGAGGUGGCGGCUAUGGAGCUGGAAACAAUUAUGGCUACGGCGGCAUCGGAGGGAACUACAACGACCCACGUUCAGGCAAAGGGUUCAUGAUUGCCAUGGCGGCAAUCGUCUUCAUCUUCGCCCUGGUCGUCUUUAUCAUCGUCGUCUCCCACCAGAGCCUGUCAGAGAGCAGGAGGUUCUACCUGGCUGUGGUGAUCAUCUGUGCCAUCCUGGCGCUGCUCAUGCUCAUAGCCUCCAUAGUGUACCUGAUGGCAGUGAACCCCAUGGCUCAGUCCUCUGGGUCGGCCUACAGCAACCAGAUUGCUGGCCUGUGUGCUCAGUACCAGCAACCACAGACACAAGGAGUGUUUGUCAAUCAGUACCUCUACCACUACUGUGUGGUGGAGCCGCAGGAGGCCAUUGCUGUGGUGUUUGGCUUCUUGGUCACCGCCGCUCUCAUCAUCAUGCUUGUCUUCGCCCUGAAGACUCGCCAGAAAAUCAGAAACUAUGGCAAGAGCAACAUUUUGUGGAAGAAAGUGAAGGAGAUCGAUGACCUGGCUCCACCUCAGGACGUGGAGGCGUGGGUAAACAACGUGUCUGUUCCCCCUGAAGCGGCUCCUCUUUCAGACUACCCCGAGAAGCUGAGGGGAUCCAGGAGUUACCUGGAUGACGAGAGCAACUACGACAAACCCCCCUACAACUACACCCCGCCGCCUGCAGUUGAGUCUUUGCGGAAUGAGAUUCCUUACAGCAGUAACUCAGAGGUAGCAAGUUCAGCUGGACGGCCCAAAAGGAGGCGUCCAGGUCGGCCACGCCGCGCCGACGGACAGGACUACGACACCGACUAUAACUCCUCUGGAGAUGAGCUGGAUGACAACGACUUUGACAGUGAAUUUCCUCCAAUCUCUGAUGAGCAGCAGCGCAACGACUACAAGCGUGAAUUUGACCGUGACCAUCAGGAGUACAAAGACCUGCAGGCAGAGCUGGACGCCAUCAACAAGGACCUGUCGGACAUCGACAAGGAGCUGGAUCAGCUGGAGGAGGGAAGUCCGCAGUACCUGGAUGCUCUGGAUGAGUACAACAGGAUAAAGGAUAUUAAAAAGUCUUCAGAUUAUCAGGUGAAGAAGCGCAGGAGUAAGUAUCUGAAGUCCAAACUGAACCAUAUCAAGAAGAUGGUGAGCGAUUACAAUCGCAGAGCUUGAACAAAACGUGAGGAUCAGAUGUCAGUCCAAGACGGGACAGAGGGGACUCGCUCAGGCUCGACACUCUCAGCAUAACUGUAGAGGACGGAGCCACAACAAUUUACAAUGAGCACAUCGCAGCCAUAUCGGUCUGCUCAUUUGUACCUUAGUAGCACAGAAAACAACUAUUCUGGGAUGUAUUUUGCCACUGUUUGUAUUAUGAUUAUCACCUACCGUGUUACUGUUGUGUUUAUUUAUUUUUCUGAUUGAAUCUGAAUAUAAAAGUCGAGUAGCAGAGUUCUGCUACUAGACUAUGGAGUGAAUAGGAAUUCAUACCUAAUCCCAGUUUUUAUUGGUUUUACUCUUUUUGUACUGCCUUUUAAUUCACAUUUUUAAUCCAUUCUAUUUUUUAUGAACCUGUGAAUACGUGGGAUGUUUUUAGGAGUUUGUAGAAGUAAGUUCACAUGUGUGUUUGUCUGUGUUUUUAUUCAUGGAGGGUUGACCAGACAGGCACUUGAAAAUCAUCAUGCAUAUUGAAUGUAUAGCGAUGUACCUGGACAAUGAUUUGUAAAGCAGUUUUAUUAUAAUAAAAUCAUUUAUGACACAUUUUA